CUCCCUUCGCAGAGAGAGCUUGCACAUCCCCCUUCUCUUUAGAACGCACACAACUAACUUUGGGCACAACCGUUGGCCAGUAGAUAAUACAGGAUAGUCUACCCGUCGCACAGUGACAGAACUAAGACGAAAGGUUGAAGGAGGCCAUUUGAAAUCGGACCUUCAACAUCAUUCUCACUCUUGUUCGACUGCAGAGGACUGGGUACAAUUGUUAUCAACAAAUUCAAUUUUCAAUAUUUGUUCUUGGGGGACUUUUAUACAAAAUGAACCAAAAGAAUCUGAUGCUCUUUCAAUGUGUGCUCCUGCUGUGCCUGGGCAGCUGUCUAAGCCAAAGGGACUGUACAAGCGUGGAUUGUCCAGUGUUGGACUACUGCAUUGAGGAGGUUUUGGAGAAGGGCGCUUGCUGUGCCACCUGUGUUAAAAUAGGAUGCUCAUGUGAAGGUUACCAGUACUAUGACUGCAUCCAUGCAGGAUUCCGGAAUGGUAAAGUUCCAGAGGGAGAAUCUUACUUUGUGGAUUUCGGAAGCACAGAAUGUUCUUGUCCACAGGGAGGCGGGAGGAUCGGGUGCCAUUUCAUCCCAUGUCCCGAGAUCCCUCCCAACUGCAUCGCUGUCGCUGAACCCGCGGAUGGGUGUCCGCAGUGUGAGCGCAUUGGCUGUAUCCAUAUUAACCAGAAAUACGAGGCAGGUCACUCCUUCCAGAUGGACCCUUGUCAGGUGUGUCACUGUCCUAAUGAUGGCGGGAGCCUGAUGUGUUCCCCUAUCCCUGACUGUGACUCUGGUAAUGUUAAGAAGCCCAUGAUAGCAACAACCACACAGAACAACGACCCUCAGAGAGACCUCAGCAAACUGCAUGAUAACAAACAGACAAGCCCGCUAGACCCAUUCGCCACCGCUAGCACCUUACCUCUUUACAAAGAGGAGCCAUCUGUCCUGGAUGAAGAUGAGGAUUAUGACUACACACUGCCUGACCCCACAUCUACCACUCCACAAGACCUGGUCCAGCCAACAGAAUCUACCACGGUGUCACCAUCCUAUGCUGAGACAAGCUCUUCUCCUUAUGAGAUUUUUUAUGAUCUGAGGCAGGAGCUGAGAGAGAGACUAGGAACAUACGAUCAGGAGCGAACAGAGGAGGCGGUCAUUACUGAGGAUCCACAUCACAUAGAUCAGACCACCUCAAGUGAGUCAACAACAUCAACAACUACACCGGAAGUGACCUCAGAGAGCCAAAGGCGUCAACAGGAGGUUGUUGACCGGGACAACAGGCAUCACAGAGACAGUGACAGAAUGAUGAAGAGUGACAGUUCGGAGGACGUCACACCAACUGUCCGUAGUGACAAGGGAGUGAGACACACUGGCCUCCACGAACAGAGAGACAGCCACAGCAGUCACCACCAUGAUGGCAGUCUUUUAUCCCAAAGUCAUGGAAGGCACCUUGAGGAGCAGCGUGAGGAGCCCAGAACACCCCAGAGUAAACCUGACCAGGAUUCUUCAUUCCCCACAGAGAAGUUCAGCCCGACCAGCAGAGCUCCUGUCACGAGGGAGGAGGGAGACCAGCUGGCCAGGAGACAGCCCCACACCGUCUUCAACUACCAGGGCCCAAACGAACAGCCUGGAAACACUGAGGUUUCUUCCAAGGAGUUGGUGGAGACCUGCUGUGAGACAGGGGAGAAGUGGGCCUCAGCCCAUGGCCACUGCAGCAACAUGGAGCUCCCCAGAGAGGACAGACACUCCAUCUGUCGGACGGCUCAGAGACAGUGCUGUCUGGGCUCUCUGAAGGAGAGUCGCUGUUUCUCUGGUAUGAAUGCAGCCAGAGAGGGAGUUGUGUGUGAGGUGGACAACAAUGACCAGUGUGGAGUCGACUCCUUCAAGGAGUGUUGUAGCUGCUGCUCUCUGGGGCUGAGGUUCCGUAGGGAGGGCCACCGCUGUGAGGCCCACCAGUACCUGGGCUACCCCUGCAGCCAUGUCUUCCUCACCUGCUGUGAGGGAGAGGAGGAGGUGGCGAGAGAGGAGGGGGAGGGAGAUGGCUUGCACACCCUCAGAGAGAGGCCUGUGCUUGACCCAACCGCAGUGCCAAAGAGAGUGUCAGACAGUCCGUUCCCUAAAGAGGCCUUCUCCAUCGGGGAGGAGGAGGAGCAGGAGAGGGAGAACACGGUGGAGGGCCCUCCUGAGAUGGAGGAUGUAGAUGAGUGCCAGGUUUACCAGGGAACACUAUGCCACCACAGGUGUAUCAACACCCCUGGCUCCUUCAGGUGUGCCUGCUACCCUGGCUAUGUACUGCAGAAGGACGCGGUCAGCUGUGUGCCAGAGACGGUAGAUGAAGAGAACAAGUUGAGAGAGGAUGACAGGCCAGAGGUUGAGGCUACCUCCACCGCACCCUCCAACACUCCAACCUCUGUUAACCCCUGUGAGGGAAAUGGCCUCUGUAUGCAACAGUGCUCCUCAGUGGCUGGUAGACCUGGCUGCUCAUGUUUCCCUGGGUUCUCUCUGAUGGCUGACGGACAAUCCUGUGAAGAUAUCAAUGAGUGUUUGAUGUCCACUCAUACCUGUCAGAUGAAUGAGAGAUGUGUGAACACGGCUGGUAGUUUUGUGUGUCAGAUCACCUGUUCUCUGGGUUACCAGAUCAACAACGACGUCUGUGAAGAUGUUGAUGAGUGUUUUCAGGGGACUCAUAACUGUGGGCCAGGCUUUGAGUGUUUGAACAGUGAGGGCUCGUUCAGGUGUAGUGCCAAACCUCGCUGCUCCAUGGGCUUCACACAGGACACACAUGGAAACUGCAUUGACAUAGAUGAAUGUGGUGUCGUGGGCCAGCCCUGCAGUCCAGGCUUUAACUGUAUCAACACUGUGGGAUCCUACAGCUGCCAGAGGAAGAUCAUAAUGUGUAGCCGGGGUUACCAUGCCAGUCCAGACGGAGCCAGAUGCAUAGAUGUGGAUGAGUGUCAGAGCGCUCUUCACCGCUGUGGGGAGGGACAGAUCUGCCACAACCUGCCCGGCUCCUACCGCUGUGACUGCCAGACGGGCUACCAGUACGACAUGUUCAGGAAGACUUGUGUGGAUGUGAAUGAGUGUUGGCGCUACCCUGGCCGCCUUUGUGCCCAGACCUGUGAGAACACCCCGGGAUCCUAUCAGUGUUCCUGCACCGCUGGGUUCAGCUUAUCCAGGGAUGGCAAGAACUGUGAAGAUGUGAAUGAGUGUCUAACCAACCCCUGCAGUCAGGAGUGUGCCAACAUCUAUGGCUCCUACCAGUGUUACUGCAGACAGGGCUCCUACCUAAGGGAGGAUGGACACACCUGUGAAGACAUUGAUGAGUGUGCCCAGAGCAUUGGCCACCUGUGUUCCUUUAAGUGUGUCAACAUCCCAGGGAGCUACCAGUGUGCCUGUCCCGAGUACGGUUACACCAUGUCUCCCAACGGACGCUCCUGCAGUGACAUAGACGAGUGUACCAUCGGGGCCCAUAACUGUUCCUUGGCUGAGACCUGCUACAACAUCCAGGGAGGCUUUCGCUGUCUGUCCUUCAAUUGUCCACAGAACUACCGCAAAUCCUCUGACAUGCGCUGUGAACGACAGAGCUGCCCCAACUUGCUGGACUGUCAGAACUCUCCUCUCAGGAUCACCUACUACCACUUGAGCUUCCAGACCAACAUCGUCAUCCCUGCCCAGAUCUUCCGCAUCGGCCCCUCCCCCGCCUACUCCGGGGACAACGUCAUCAUCAGCAUCACCCAGGGCAACUUGGAGAACUACUUUAGCACGCGGAAGCUGAACGCCUACACUGGCGCGGUGUACAUGCACAGGCAGGUGCGUGAGCCACGGGACUUCCUGAUUGACGUGGAGAUGAAGCUUUGGAGACAGGGGACCUUCACUACGUUUCUGGCCCGGAUCUAUGUCUUCAUCACGACCAACUCACUCUAACAGACUGGCCCCCAGCCUCACCCUACUUCCACCCUUGUCCCACCCCUCAAUGGACAGCCCAUCCCCUUCUACCCCCCUAGCCCUACCCCUCAAUGGACAGCCCAUCCCCUUCUAUCCCCCUAGCUCUACCCCUCAAUGGACAGCCAAUCCCCUUCUAUCCCCCUAGCUCUAUCCCUCAAUGGACAGCCAAUCCCCUUCUAUCCCCCUAGAUCUAUCCCUCAAUGGACAGCCCAUCCCCUUCUAUCCCCCUAGCUCUAUCCCUCAAUGGACAGCCCAUCCCCUUCUACCCCCCUAGCCCUACCCCUCAAUGGACAGCCCAUCCCCUUCUAUCCCCCUAGCCCUAUCCCUCAAUGGACAGCCCAUCCCCUUCUAUCCCCCUAGCGCUACCCCUCAAUGGACAGCCCAUCCCCUUUCAUCCCCCUAGCCCUACACCUCAAUGGACAGCCCAUCCCCUUCUAUCCCCCUAGCGCUACCCCUCAAUGGACAGCCCAUCCCCUUCUAUCCCCCUAGCCCUAUCCCUCAAUGGACAGCCCAUCCCCUUCUAUCCCCCUAGCGCUACCCCUCAAUGGACAGCCCAUCCCCUUUCAUCCCCCUAGCCCUACACCUCAAUGGACAGCCCAUCCCCUUCUAUCCCCCUAGCGCUACCCCUCAAUGGACAGCCCAUCCCCUUCUAUCCCCCUAGCCCUAUCCCUCAAUGGACAGCCCAUCCCCUUCUAUCCCCCUAGCCCUACCCCUCAAUGGACAGCCCGUCCCCUUCUAUCCCCCUAGCCCUACACCUCAAUGGACAGCCCCUCCCCUUCUAUCCCCUUAGCCCUACCCCUCAAUGGACAGCCAUCCCCUUCUAUCCCCUUAGCCCUACACCUCAAUGGACAGCCCAUCCCCUUCUAUCCCCUUAGCCCUACCCCUCAAUGGACAGCCAUCCCCUUCUACCCCCCUAGCCCUACCCCUCAAUGGACAGCUCAUCCCCUUCUAUCCCCCUAGCUCUACCCCUCAAUGGACAGCCCCUCCCCUUCUAUCCCCUUAGCCCUACCCCUCAAUGGACAGCCAUCCCCUUCUAUCCCCUUAGCCCUACACCUCAAUGGACAGCCCAUCCCCUUCUAUCCCCUUAGCCCUACCCCUCAAUGGACAGCCAUCCCCUUCUAUCCCCUUAGCUCUAUCCCUCAAUGGACAGCCCAUCCCCUUCUAUCCCCUUAGCCCUACCCCUCAAUGGACAGCCAUCCCCUUCUAUCCCCUUAGCUCUAUCCCUCAAUGGACAGCCCAUCCCCUUCUAUCCCCCUAGCCCUAUCCCUCAAUGGACAGCCCAUCCCCUUCUAUCCCCUUAGCUCUAUCCCUCAAUGGACAGCCCAUCCCCUUCUAUCCCCCUAGCUCUACCCCUCAAUGGACAGCCCAUCCCCUUCUAUCCCCCUAGCCCUAUCCCUCAAUGGACAGCCCAUCCCCUUCUAUCCCCCUAGCCCUACCCCUCAAUGGACAGCCCAUCCCCUUCUAUCCCCCUAGCCCUACCCCUCAAUGGACAGCCCAUCCCCUUCUAUCCCCCUAGCCCUACCCCUCAAUGGACAGCCCAUCCCCUUUCAUCCCCCUAGCCCUACCCCUCAAUGGACAGCCCAUCCCCUUCUAUCCCCCUAGCCCUAUCCCUCAAUGGACAGCCCAUCCCCUUCUAUCCCCCUAGCACUACCCCUCAAUGGAUAGCCCAUCCCCUUUCAUCCCCCUAGCCCUACACCUCAAUGGACAGCCCAUCCCCUUCUAUCCCCCUAGCGCUACCCCUCAAUGGACAGCCCAUCCCCUUCUAUCCCCCUAGCCCUAUCCCUCAAUGGACAGCCCAUCCCCUUCUAUCCCCCUAGCGCUACCCCUCAAUGGACAGCCCAUCCCCUUUCAUCCCCCUAGCCCUACACCUCAAUGGACAGCCCAUCCCCUUCUAUCCCCCUAGCGCUACCCCUCAAUGGACAGCCCAUCCCCUUCUAUCCCCCUAGCCCUAUCCCUCAAUGGACAGCCCAUCCCCUUCUAUCCCCCUAGCCCUACCCCUCAAUGGACAGCCCGUCCCCUUCUAUCCCCCUAGCCCUACACCUCAAUGGACAGCCCAUCCCCUUCUAUCCCCCUAGCCCUAUCCCUCAAUGGACAGCCCAUCCCCUUCUAUCCCCCUAGCCCUACCCCUCAAUGGACAGCCCAUCCCCUUUCAUCCCCCUAGCCCUACCCCUCAAUGGACAGCCCAUCCCCUUCUAUCCCCCUAGCCCUACACCUCAAUGGACAGCCCAUCCCCUUCUAUCCCCCUAGCCCUACCCCUCAAUGGACAGCCCAUCCCCUUCUAUCCCCCUAGCCCUACCCCUCAAUGGACAGCCCAUCCCCUCCUAUCCCCCUAGCCCUACCCCUCAAUAGACAGCCCAUCCCCUUCUAUCCCCCUAGCCCUACCCCUCAAUGGACAGCCCAUCCCCUUCUAUCCGCCUAGCCCCACCCCUCAAUGGACAGCCCAUCCCCUUCUAUCCCCCUAGCCCUACACCUCAAUGGACAGCCCAUCCCCUUCUAUCCCCCUAGCCCUACCCCUCAAUGGACAGCUAGUCUUCAGCACAGCCCUGCAUUUGUUUCCUACCAUACUGACCGUCUAGUAGACAAGAUGCCCAGUUUUAUACCACACUGAUGAUAUCAAAAAGUAGUUUUGCACUAUUAACAAAAAAUGAUUUAACUUAAAAAGUUAAGUUACCUGGCUACCUUAAAAUCGGUUACGUCAACUAGUAGUUCAAAAUUUGUUGACAAAACAUAAUAUGAGUGACAUUAGUUUAUCAAGUUGAUUCAACUUGAAAUCUUAAGUCAGUGGGCUAGAUCUAACACUAGUUUUUCCAGUGUAGUGAAAGGCUCUCUAACCCCAGUUAACCCAAUUCAGCUUAUCAACCAGCUAAUUAUUAGAAUCAGGUGUGCUUCGGGUUGGAACGAAAACAUACAGGAUGGUAGCUCUCCAGGAACAGGGUUGGAGAUCCCGGGCAUUAGCUUGUGGUUGUCUUUAACCCACUAAGACAGGUUGUGUCAGGGCCUCAAUCCAAAUUCUCUCUUUUCUAUCUCCCUUAAGCUGCUGUUCCUUUCUAUCCUCUUGAAGAACGUUGUACCACUAUGCUAAUUUAAUAUCACAGUAUAUUAUGACAUGUAUUUGUACUUACUGUAUGUAUUAUUCAGACACAUUGACUGGAUGUAUCAUAUUUUGUUCCGCUAUUUUCAUAAGCUGCAAAUAAUUUUUAGUAAAAAUGAAAAAUACACAAACUGUUUGAUGUUCCGUGUCUAUCAUAUGACCUAUAACAGUAGCUAUACCGGAUGAACAGAUUCAAAUGAAAUACAAGGCAUGUUUUGUUUUUUACACAUAAAGUCCAACUUAAGAAAAGUA